AACGCCUACUCUAUAUCCUAUGGCUAGCGCUACAAAGCAUAGCUAGACGGCUUUGUACAGACUGUUCUCUCCGCAUAGAAUAAUGUCUGAGUUGGAUAGCAAACUAGCAGUUGCUGUCAAUGAAAAACGGAUCUUUGAUGUAGCUAAAGCACUGAGAGAUGGAGCUAGCCCUGAUGCCGUGUACAAGGGAAAGGGAAUGAUUCAUAUUGCUGCAGAAAAGAAUUAUGUUGUUAUUCUCAAACUGUUGAUACUUCAUAAUGUGUCAUUGGAGAAGACUAUGAGCACACAUACAGAAGACGAUCUGACAGCUUUACAUGUGGCAGUAAUUCAUGAUCAUAGGGAUAUUGUCUGUCUUCUCACAAAGACUGGAGCAGAUGUGAAUAAAGAGACUAAAAAUGGUCAAACCCCUCUGGACAUUGCAAGGGAAAAGGAUCACAGGUACUGUGUUAGUGAUCUUGAGGAUAUUGGAAACUUGGACAAAUAGCAGGGAUUGUGAUAGGUGCUAUGAUUGGAACUUUGCUCAUUGUGAUUAUUAUUGUUAUUGUGAUAAGGAGGUAUUUUUGUAAAGGCUAUAAUCUCAAAGAACAACAGUGACAUGUUUGUUCAGAAUAUAUAUAAUGAUGCUUCACUUCCUAAUCCUGAAGGUUCAAUUCACAGUUUAAAGUUCAAGAGUAGUGAUAGUAGAGAAGUCUGUGAAAAUGAGAAUCAAUCCAAAAGUUCGUGUUGUCAACUCAAAAUAGUUUCCAAAGAGAAACUCAUCUGUAACUGUCAUAUUUGUACUGAGAGAGGAAUUGAUAUUUUAAUCUUUUGUUAAUUUGUGCAUUUACCCGCAUGUGCAUCGUGGACGUGGAUAUCAUGGUGUUUUUUUUUAAUAACAAUUGUUUUUAUUAACAAUCAAAACCUCCACAA